AUGGCCGAGCCUAUUGCCGUCAUUGGCCUGGAUGCCAAGCUCCCGUGCGAUGGAGAUAGCGUCGAGAAGUUCUUUGAUUUUCUGAUUGCUGGAAGAUCUGCGCGAGCUCCCGUUCCUGCAGAUCGCUACAACGCGGCAGCCUUCUGGCACCCCGACAAUCACAGAGAUGGAGUUAUCGGCGGAAAAGAAGGGCAUUUUAUGCAAGCUAAUGUGAAGGCGUUUGAUGCACCAUUCUUUGCCAUGACACCAGCAGAGGCUGCGAAUCUGGAUCCGCAGCAGCGAAUGCUGCUUGAAUGUGUCUACACAGCAAUGGAAAACUCUGGGUACACCAUGUCUGACAUGCAGGGCUCGCCCACUGGUGUCUAUGCGGGAGCGUUCAUGUGGGACUACCGAGAUCUCUUGAUCAAGGAUGUGGACACUCCCAUGACAUACACGGCGUGCGGGACCAUCGCCACCAUUCGCGCCGUUAUUCGCAAUACCGGGUGCAACCAUGAUGGUCAUUCUCCUGGUCUUACAGCACCUGCUAAGGAGGCUCAGGCUGAGAUUAUGCGAUUGACGUAUGAUCAAGCCAAGCUCGACCCCUCAGACACACGCUUCUUUGAGGCUCAUGGAACCGGUACGAAUGUUGGCGACCCAACAGAGGCUGCUGCCAUCAGUGAGAUGUUCACGGAGUAUCGCUCGGCGGAAGAGCCUCUGUACAUCGGCGCCCUGAAGAGCAACAUUGGACAUACUGAAGGCAACUCCGGCAUUGCGUCUUUCAUCAAGGGCGUCCUGUGCGUGGAGAGGGGUAUCAUCCCGGCGAAUGCAUGGUUCGAGGAAAGAAACCAAAAGAUCCCGGCCGAAUGGCAUCUUGAGUUUCCGACCACCUCGAUUCCCUGGCCCGAGACCAAGACGGGCGUUCGUCGAGUCUCGAUCAACUCUUUUGGAGUUUCCGGCACUAAUGCCCACGUUGUGCUAGAAGAUGCUCUCCAUUUCCUAAGGGAGCAUGGACACGUAGCACCCCACCGCACUAUUGAGGUACCUCGACUGCCAAUCACAAUUCCAAGCCAAGCACUUCCUGUCAUCAAUGGAACCCUAUUCCCUCCCCAGCUCUUUGUACUUAGCAGCCACGAUCAAGAUGGUAUCGCCCGACUCGCCGCAGCCUACGAGACUUACCUGCCGAACAUGACGGAGCCUCUUUACAAUCUCAGCUAUACUCUAGCAGCUAAGAGGUCUACCUUCAACUGGCGUACCGCAGUUGUCGCCAAUUCUUCAGUGGAAUUGAAACAUGCGCUAUCACAGGGCCCACGGGCCACUCGCAUUGUUUCCCAACCCGGCGUCGCCCUCGUAUUCACUGGUCAGGGAGCGCAGUGGGCUCAAAUGGGCAACGGUCUCAUGUGCUAUGAGCCUUAUAGAAUGAGUAUUGAGUGCGCUGAUGCGUAUAUGAAGACCUUAGGAUGCCAGUGGUCUGUCAUUGAGGAGCUUUCUAAGACACCUAACGAGUCUCUGAUCAGCGGCGCCGAGUUUUCGCAGACUUUAUGCACGGCUUUGCAGGUUGCUUUGGUUGAGCUUCUCCACGACUGGGGAUUAAGAGUUGAUGCUGUUGUCGGCCACUCUUCCGGUGAGAUCGCCGCUGCAUAUUGUGCAGGUGCCAUCUCUAGGGAGUGUGCUUGGCGUAUCGCACAUUGGCGAGGAAAACUCUCUGCCAGAUUGGCAAGCUCAGCAACGCACCCAAAGGGCACGAUGGCUGCAGUCGGAUUAAAUCUCGACAAGACCUUGGCGGCUAUUGACAGACUCAACCAACCCGGGUCUGAAUCUGCCGGAACGCUCACUGUCGCUUGUAUGAAUAGUAACACUAGCCAUACUGUGAGUGGUAGUGUUGCAGAGAUCGAGGCACUCAUCGACAAACUCAAAGAGGACAAGAUCUUUGCACGGAAGCUUCAGGUAGAGAUGGCAUACCACUCGAGAUUCCUGGAACCCAUUUCGCAAGAGUACGUCGAGUGUAUUGGAAAGAUACAGCCCCCGAGUUCCCGUACGAACAAUUUUUCCGAGGUGCUGUUCUUCUCGUCAGCAUACGGAACGCAGAUUCAACAUUACAAGUUGCAAGACGCGAACUACUGGACCAAGAAUUUAACCUCCCCAGUGCGGUUCAAUGAGUCAGUGACGGCUAUGCUUCAAACUUUGAAGAAUCUCAAGGGCGAUAGUAGUUCAUCCAAGCUCAUUACAGAUAUUAUUGAAGUUGGUCCUCAUUCCGCUUUGCGGGGCCCACUCCGACAAAUUGUUCAGGAUGUUGAGGUCGAGGGCGAUGUGAAGUAUCAUCACCUGCUCAAACGGGGCGAGUCUGACUUGGAGGUUCUCAUGGGAGCCAUUGGAUCAGUCUUCUCUCGCGGUGUUCAAGUUGACCUGCUCAAGGUCAACCACAUCCUCGACGUCCAGCCGUCAAUGAUGAUCGACCUCCCUCGGUACCCCUUCAACCACACGCGAGAGUAUUGGAACGAAUGCCGACUAAGCAGAAACUUCCGCUUCCGGCCGUAUCCUCGCCACGAGCUGCUCGGAGCGCCCGUCAACGAUUGGGAUGGAAAACAUGACGCCAUCUGGCGCAAUUGGAUCCGUCUGUCUGAAAAUCCAUGGGUGGAACACCAUACAAUCUCGGGAUCUGUGCUGUAUCCUGCAGCCGGUAUGCUUGUUAUGGCCAUUGAGGGCUGCAAGCAACUGUCGGAGCGUUCGAACCCAGGAAAGCCGAUCAAGGGCAUCCGGUUCCGUGAAGUCUCCUUUCAUUCGGCCCUGCAAGUUCCCGAGGGUGCUCUGGGCGUCGAGUCCCACCUAUACCUUCGCCCCGUGAAGCAGGCUGCCUUGGAGGCCAAGGCUUCAGUGUGGCGCGAAUUUCAGGUCUGCACAGCCCAGGACGACGACGAAUGGCGAGAACAUUGCUGCGGUCAAGUUCUCGUGGAAUACGAUGAGGCGGCUACGGCUGUUGAUGGAGGUCUCGAAGAGCGGGCUUUCAAGGCUCAUUGCGAAUCGAGAAUCGCUCAGAGUCAGCAGAACUUCACGAGUCACGUUUCGUCCGAAAAGAUCUACACAUCUUGGGAGAAUGUCGGCUUGGUCUUUGGCCCAACCUUUCAGACCAUUGAACAUGCCAUUGUCGACCAUGAAGCCGGUGUCACUCUGGCUAGAGUCAAACCUACGACGCCUCUCCUGAAGACUCUGAUGCCCCACGGCUAUCUGCAACCUCACUUGAUUCACCCUACGACGUUAGAUGGUGCACUUCAAGCAUGCCUGGUGCCACUCGUUUCCAACCCCUCCAAAAAGCAGAAGAAUGCUAUUGUUCUGUCUUUCAUGGAAGAACUUUGGGUUUCUACUUCUAAGCACUCGGAAGAUGGCUAUCUUGUAAUUGCAGAUUCCGACCCCCAUGGCCGCAAGAAGCAUCAGAUGUCCUGCACCGCUGUUGAUUCUGUCUCAAAAACGCCCAUGAUUCGAGUUUCGGGUUGUAUCGUGACAGAGAUCGAUGAAAACAACGACGACUCAAUCUCUAAGCAGGACCCUAGACACAAAGCAUGGAACAUUGAUUGGGCUCUUGAUCCUACUUUCCUCGAUACAGCACAAACGCAGAGUAUCUUCUCGGGGAAUGAUGGGUUCCAGAAGUUUCUCAGUGUCCUGGCUCACAAGGAUCCUUCGAUGAAGUUGCUUGAAAUUGGCAAUCAAGCUUCUUCCCUUACGGAAGACAUUCUGUCCACGUUGUCACAGCGUUAUGCGCAGUAUGACUUUGCCGAAACUUCAUCCACCUUAUUGGACGAAUCACAGAAGAAGACUUCAGACGAUUAUGUGCGAUAUAAGACUUUUGAUGUUACGGAGGACCCAAGUCCCCAGGGCUUCGAUGUGGCGUCAUAUGAUCUUUUGUUUGCACCGGUCGCUCUGAUACCCAAUGCAGACAUUGAUGGGUUCCUCAAAACGUGUCUCAGUCUUGUAAGACCUGGCGGUAAGCUCGUCUUGACGGCGGCAAGCAGUCCCAUCGUGGCAAGAAGCUGGGGCGAGUAUCUCGGCGAUACCGGGCUGGUUAGCAUCGAUGCUGUACUUUGUCAUCAAGGUUCAUCAGUCUUGGUGGCGAGCACCCCGGUAGAGAGUACCCCGUUGUUUCAUGGUGUUGAUGUAGAAUCGCUGUCUGGAAGCUACUACAUUGUAGGAGAUCUCUCUUCACCAGUCCAGCGCGACGUGGCUGAGGAGCUGGCAACCUAUUUGCAGUCAAAGGGCUUGUCGACCAAAACUGCUACUAUCCCAGAGUACAUUCAGCUCGCAGAAGCAGCACCCAAGGAGGAGAUUUGUCAAAGCACCUGUGUUGUACUUGCGGAGCUGGAAACGCCUUUGCUUGCUUCAGCCAACAACGAGAUCCUGAGGGCUAUGAAAGCCAUGAUUGCUGGAAAGCGUCUGCUAUGGGUCAACAAAGAGUUGUCCCCUGACACCGCUCUCAUCAACGGCUUUGCUGCGAGCAUCCGACUGGAGAAGCCUGAACUUCAGUUUGUCACUCUCACCUUUAAUCCCCAAGAGAGCAACGUCACUAUUUCAGACAGGAUCGCCAUUGUAGACGCGCACCUUUCGAGCAGCAAGGGUCCUGUGGAAACAAUGUACAAGAUUGCCGAUGGCCUAGUCACUAUUCCACGCCUUGUCGAGGUCUCCGCAAUCACUAAGCACAUCCAACAGGCUUCUACUGGCGAUACAUCUGAGCUUGCUUUUGGCGCGGAUCCGAGUCGACCACUACGACUUCAAAUCCAGACUGUUGGUCUCUUGAGUUCGCUCCAUUUCGCCAACGACCACCUUCACACUACUCCACUGGACGAUCUCGAGGUUGAGUUCAAAACUAUGGCUACUGCCGUCAACUUCAAGGACUUGGCCGUCAUGCUCGGAAAGAUCCAAGAAACGCCUGUAGGUCUUGAGGCCGCGGGAAUUGUCACCCGAGUAGGCUUAGGAGUCACACGCUUCAAGCCUGGCGAUCAUGUGUUUGGCUUCACUUUCAAUGGCGCAUUUUCCACAUACGGCAGAGGUGCUGAAGGCACCCUGGCCAAGGUGCCCGAAGACCAAUCCUUUGCUGAAGCUGCAGUUAUUCCCAUUGUGUAUACAACGGCACAUGCCUGUCUCUACGACAUUGGAGAACUAGAGAAACGGAUGACACGCGUCCAGAAGCCUAGCUUGCUAAUUCAUGCAGCGGCUGGAGGUGUUGGUCAAGCUGCUAUUCAGCUGGCUAAACGUGAGGGUAUCGAGAUCUUCGCAACAGUUGGCAGCAUCGAGAAGCGAGACUUUCUCGAGAAGACCUAUCUCAUACCUCGGGAUCACAUCUUCUCCAGCCGCGAUCUGACCUUCAAGGAUGGCAUUCAGAGAUUGACCGGAGGCCGAGGAGUCGACAUUGUCAUUAACAGUCUUUCCGGUGACACGCUUCGUGCCACCUGGGAGCUUGUGGCGCCGUUUGGAUGCUUCGCCGAGAUUGGUCUGGCGGACAUUGAGUCCAGAUCUCGCAUUUCUAUGGGUACCUUUGCCCGAGGCGUGAGAUUCGAGUCCCUCGAGUUGAAUUACAUGCGACAAACGGACCCAGAACGCCUAGAUGACCUUUUUGCACGCGCCAUGGAGAGUGUCAUUGGCCGUGAUCUCGAGCGUGUGACACCUGUCACGAAGUACCCCAUUUCCAAGAUUCAAGAUGCCAUGCGGUUCAUGCAGUCUGGCAAGCACAUUGGAAAGAUCCUCAUGGAGUACCAUGCCGAGGACUUGGUUCAAGUGGUUGAGCCAUGUAGAUCCCGUGCCCAAUUCGCCUCGGAUGCUACCUAUGUUGUCUCUGGUGGCUUUGGUGGUCUUGGCCUGGAGAUUAUCCGUUGGAUGGUCAGCCAGGGUGCGCGCAAUCUUGUUGUUACUUCACGAAAGGGACCUGUCGAUGCAACUGCCAAGGAUCUUAUCAGAAACCUCCAAAGCGAUGGCAUCAAGGUCGUCAGUCCUUGUUGUGAUAUUACCGACAAGAAGGGACUUGAGCAGGUCAUCGCUUCGGCUAUCUCUGAUUUGCCGCCAGUGCGUGGAUGCAUUCAAGCUUCUACGGUCCUCAGUGACAAUAUUUUCACUGAGAUGACCCUCGAGGAGUGGAAUGCAGCAGUCAACGUCAAGGUGGCGGGAAGUAGGAACUUGUGGGAAGUCCUUAUUGCCACCAAGAAUGACAAUUCAACACUUGACUUCUUUGUCAUGUUGUCAUCCCUCACCAGCGUCACUGGCAACAACGGCCAAGCUAAUUAUAGCGCGGGCAACUCGUAUCAAGACGCCAUGGCGCGCUUUUUGUCAUCUCAAGGCCACAAUGUAGCCGCCCUUGACGCACCAGUAUUGACUGAUGCUGGUAUGGUCGCUGCAAGACCAAUGCUGAGAGAGUAUCUUCUAUCGAUCGGCUGGGCCAGCAUGUCCGUGGAGGAUCUCAUCAAUGCGCUGGAUUACCACUGUCGCCCCAGAUCCAAGAGCACAGAGUUCAAGGUGCAGGAUGCUCAAGUCAUUCCCAGGCUCUGGCUGCCCAGAUACUCGGCGGAUGAUGGCGCUGAGCAGCCGACAUGGCAGCAUGAGCCUAUGUAUAACCACUUAGUUCUUCACGGCGCUCAUAGUGGUGGUUCAUUGUCCGGCAAGCAAAGUUCUGCAAAGCGCUCUGUUGGCGACCUGCUCGCUGCCGCCGAGUCCCUGGAGGAUGCCGAGCAAGCCGUACUAGAUGCUUUGCUAGGACAAUUGGCCAAGAUUCUCAGCUACGAGCUGGCAGAUCUUGAUUCCUCUAGGCCCUUGAAUACGUAUGGUGUAGAUUCUUUAGUAGCGGUAGAACUUCGAGUGUGGAUGGCCAAGGAGGUUGGUGCGGACAUUUCAGUGUUUGAGAUUACUAGCGGCCAGAGCAUUAGACAGCUUGCAGGAAAGGCCGCGUCUACUUCAAGGUUUCGGGACAAUACGAAGGGGAAGUAA